CCCAGCAGACAUGACCUCGCGCAGGUGGUUUCAUCCCAACACCGGCGGGGCUGAGGCGGAGCGGCUGCUCCUGUCCAAGGGCCGGCACGGGAGCUUCCUGGCAAGACCCAGCAAGAGCCGCCCGGGGGGCUUCACGCUGUCCGUCAGGCGCCACGACGAGGUGACCCACGUCAAGAUCCAGAACACAGGCGACUACUAUGACCUGUACGGAGGGGAGAAGUUCGCGACGCUGGCCGAGCUGGUGCAGCACUACACAGGCCAGCGCGGGGCGCUGCUCCGAGAGCGUGGCGGGGCCCCCGUGGAGCUCUGGCACCCGCUGAGCUGCCAGGACCCCACGUCGGAACGGUGGUACCACGGGCACCUGUCUGGCAAGGAGGCCGAGAAGCUGCUGAUGCAGAAGGGGCGUCCGGGCAGCUUCCUGGUUCGGGAGAGUCAGAGCAAACCUGGGGACUUCGUGCUGUCAGUGCUCACACAGCAGCUGGACAGGGCGGACCGCCAGGCACGCGUCACCCAUGUCAUGAUACACUUCCAGCCAGAUGGGAAGUACGAUGUGGGAGGCGGCGAGAGGUUUGACACCCUGGGAGAUCUGGUGGAAUGCUACAGGAAGAACCCUCUGGUGGAGAGGUCGGGGACCGUAGUGCACCUCCAGCAGCCCCUCAAGACCACGAGAAUCAGCGCCACAAGCAUUGAGAGCCGUGUGCGGGAGCUCAACGAGGCCAUGGAUGCCAGCGAGAAGGCCAAGCAGGGCUUCUGGGAGGAGUUCGAGAUGCUGCAGCAGCAGGAAUGCCGGCUCCUGUAUCCCCGGAAAGAGGGCCAGCGGCUGGAGAACAAGCCCAAGAACCGAUACAAGAACAUCCUCCCCUUUGAUACCACCCGUGUCAUCCUGCGUGAUGUGGAGGACAGCGCGCCUGGAGCCGACUACAUCAACGCCAACUACAUCAGGAGUGACCCAGAGGAGAAGCCAGGCCACGGACCAGGCAAGGUGUACAUCGCCACCCAGGGCUGUCUGCCAACUACAGCAGCUGCCUUCUGGGCCAUGGUGCACCAGGAGAACACGCGUGUCAUCGUCAUGACCACCAGAGAGGUGGAGCGAGGCCGGAACAAGUGUUUCCGAUACUGGCCAGAGCUGCACGGCAGCCAAGCGUAUGGCCGCCUGCGUGUGUGCAACGUUGCUGAGCACCAGGCCCAGGGCUAUUGUGUGAGGGAGCUGCAGGUGUGGCGGGCAGACCAGGAGGAGUCACCGCGCACAGUGGCGCACUGCCAGUACUUCGGCUGGCCGGACCACGGAGUCCCGGCCGAGCCCACCGGCGUCCUUGGCUUCCUGGACGAGGUGAACCGGGCCCAGAGCGGCAUGCCGGGGGCCGGACCCAUGGUAGUGCACUGCAGCGCCGGCAUCGGACGCACCGGCACAAUCAUUGUGAUUGACAUCCUGGUGGACGUCAUUCGCAGGCAGGGGCUGGACUGCGACAUCGACGUCCCCAAGACGAUCCAGCAUGUGCGGCGGCAGCGCUCGGGGAUGGUGCAGACCGAGGCGCAGUACAAGUUCGUGUACCUGGCGCUGCAGCGGUACAUCCGGGGCGAGCAGCUACGCCUGCGCGAGCAGGUGGGGGCAGGGCCGGGCCGGGGCGGAACCUGCGGGGGCAUCACCAUGGUGACCAGCGGCCCCUCCCCUCAGCGCGAGUCGCCCGAGGAGCGCGACUCCCUGAAGGCGGGCGCCUCGCCCGCCGACCCCGGCUGUAGCCCCGGAACCGCGCCGUCCCGGGCGCCGGCGGCUUCUGCGUCUUUGUUGGGGCCUGGAGAAAGAGAGCAUGUGGGUCCCCACGACUGCGCCCAGCUUCCCCAGGGUGUCCCUGAGCCAGAGGCCCAGCUGGUGUGCUGGCAUCCGAGCCUGCAGCUGGCGGCUGGUGUGCAGCGCGGGGGCCCCGGCAAUGGGCACGGCUGUGGGCCGCCGGCAGAACGGGCAGGGCACGACCUCGCUACCCGGCUGGCCUGCGGGCCGGGCGGCUGCCAUCCGCGCAAGGCACUCCAGGCAGAAGACGUGGGUGCAGGAGAGCUCCUUGGGUGUCCUGAAGAUGUUGUCGUAGCCCGAGAAGCAGAUGGAGCAUUCCAGCGGGGAGGCCGUCUUCUCUGAUCCAGGGCUGCCGGGGGACCUGGGGCUGCCGGCCGAGCCGCGGGACCUGGGCACUGUGGCGGUGGGGCUGCUCCUGCCGGCAGGCGGCAGGGCCGUGUGCCACACCUGCGGGCCUGAUGACAUGGUUCUGGGCUGUGGGACAAACAGAGACCCCUGUGAGUGACCUCGAUUGCCCCUUUCCUGCAAGGUCUGUCUGUCGCUGUCUCCCCAUCCCUCUCUUGCAUCACCCAGAGAUUCCGGGAAGGACACUGCCCAUCUGCAGGCACCCCCACCAAGUCCCACCUGUCCCUGGCUCAAGGUCUUUCUGCUCAAGUUGUAACCCUGCGCUCCCCAGCCCCUCACCUGCUGAGUCAGGGCUCAGCAUCCUGGGGUGUCCCAGUCUGCCUGGGCCAUGUGGACCACUGCUCUGUAGACCCCUCCCACCAGCCCUGGCCUACCUGGACGUGCCACUGGGCAGAAAUAAAGGUGAUGAUGACGA